AUGGAGCCUGAAAGCAACCAAGGAGCUUUUCCAAACACUAAAGAGGGACUGAAACAAAUAGCAGGAAAGGCCCUUGGAAGUCUGUACAGGAGGUUGGAGAAGCGGCAGCAAACGGGCGAGGCCAUCGAGCUGACCGAGGAUGGGCGACCCCGCGCCGAGCAGGGCCGCAGGGGGCCCCUGUGCGACUGCACGUGCUUCGGGCUUCCGCGCAGGUACAUCAUCGCCAUGCUGAGCGGCCUGGGCUUCUGCAUCUCCUUCGGCAUCCGCUGCAACCUGGGCGUGGCCAUCGUCAGCAUGGUCAACAACAGCACAGUCCAUCAGAACGGCAAGAUCAUUAUAAAAGAGAAAGCGAAAUUUAAUUGGGACCCCGAGACAGUGGGGAUGAUCCAUGGCUCUUUCUUCUGGGGUUACAUCGUCACCCAAAUCCCGGGGGGAUAUAUUUCCUCCAGGCUGGCUGCCAACAGAGUUUUCGGGGCUGCCAUUGUUCUGACAUCCACCCUGAACAUGUUCAUCCCCACAGCGGCCCGCGCGCACUACGGAUGCGUCAUCUUUGUGAGGAUAUUACAAGGCUUGGUGGAGGGAGUGACUUAUCCAGCCUGUCACGGCAUCUGGAGUAAAUGGGCUCCUCCACUGGAAAGAAGUCGUCUGGCAACCAUCUCUUUCUGUGGAUCCUAUGCUGGUGCGGUUAUAGCCAUGCCUCUGGCUGGAAUCUUGGUUCAGUACACUGGGUGGUCUUCAGUCUUCUACGUGUAUGGCUCCUUUGGCCUAAUCUGGUACAUGUUCUGGAUCUUGGUGUCCUACGAGAGCCCAGCCGAGCACCCAACGAUCUCGGAAGAGGAGCGCCGCUACAUUGAGGAGAGCAUUGGUGAAAGCGCCCAGCUAAUGGGUGCCAUGGAGAAAUUUAAGACUCCCUGGAGAAAGUUCUUCACCUCUAUGCCUGUCUAUGCAAUUAUUGUGGCAAACUUCUGCAGAAGCUGGACUUUUUAUCUGCUGCUCAUCAGCCAGCCUGCGUACUUUGAAGAAGUGUUUGGCUUUGAAAUAAGCAAGGUUGGAAUAGUGUCAGCACUCCCUCACUUGGUCAUGACCAUCAUCGUGCCAUUAGGAGGCCAGUUAGCAGACUACUUGCGUACGCACAACAUCAUGUCCACCACGACGGUCCGCAAAAUCAUGAACUGUGGAGGAUUCGGUAUGGAAGCUACCCUCCUCUUGGUUGUGGGUUAUUCUCACAGUAAGGGGAUAGCCAUCUCCUUCUUGGUACUGGCGGUGGGCUUUAGUGGAUUUGCAAUAUCAGGUUUCAAUGUCAACCAUUUGGACAUUGCUCCGCGCUAUGCUAGCAUACUUAUGGGUAUCUCCAAUGGCGUGGGCACCCUGUCAGGAAUGGUCUGCCCUCUAAUCGUGGGAGCCAUGACAAAGAAUAAAACUCGGGAAGAAUGGCAAUAUGUCUUCUUGAUUGCCUCCCUGGUGCAUUACGGAGGUGUGGUGUUCUACGGGAUCUUUGCCUCCGGGGAAAAACAGCCGUGGGCCGACCCAGAGGAGACCAGCGACGAGAAGUGCGGCUUCAUUGAUGAGGACGAGCUGGCUGAAGAGACAGGUGACAUCACGCAGGGUUACGGCGCCGUUGGCGGCCCUGCUAAAAGCUAUGGGGCCACAGCGCAGCUCAAUGGUGGAUGGGUACAGGACUGGGAUAAAACAGAAGAGUACGUUCAAGAGCCAGCUGGAAAGAUUUACUCAGAGCGAGGAUACUCCUAA